AUGGCAAUCGAACAAUCUCUAAACUAUUUUAUAGACCAUUUCGAUGAUUUGACCAAAAUUCCUCCAGAGUUUACUGCGACAAUCAUCCCAUAUCUCAGAAACAUUGAGGCAAGUAAAAACCAGACUAAAGAAAUCCUAAGGAAAUGCAAAAGCAUUUUCGACAGGUGGGAAUCUAGUGAUGCAGACAUAUCGACAUUGCUCCUGACUAGAUGUUUGGAGAUAUGGUCUUGCAUAAAAGGUGAAGAGUAUUUUUUGGAAAACGAACCUCUCACAAAUUUGAUUAUUGAAGAGGUAGAUGCUGGAAAUUAUACACAGAAAUUCAGGACUAAAUACAGUGACAGUGGAUCAGCCCUUGAUAAUCUCAUUUUAGAAGAGGUUGAGGUAAGGGACUUUUUGUAG